CGGGUUGAUGGGCCGACGCAGCGACCUUUAUGCCGGCACUUGUUUCCAUAGCAUUGCACGUCUGUAGACAGAACUGAUAGAACAGAACCCAGAAGGGUUGCCACUUUCCGGAAAGAUCUCUAAAAUGGCUGACGACUCCGAAGACGUAGGCCCGAUUGAGGUGCCCGAUGCACCUCCUCCGCCUCCCCCGCUAGACCCGGAGGUUAUCGCUCAGGCGGAAAAAGCCAAGGAGGAGGCAAACGCGAACUUCAAGGCCAAGCACUUUACGGCUUCUAUCGCGGGCUACACGCGAGCCAUCGAGCUGAACCCCAACAACGCCAUCUACUGGGCAAACCGCGCGGCCGCGAACAUCAAGCUCGAGAACUAUGGUGCUGCCGUGGCCGAUGCGGAGAAGUCAACGGAGAUCGACCCAAAGUACAUCAAGGGCUACUACCGCCGCGGUGAUGCGCACUUCGCGCUGGGGAAAUACAAGCUGGCGCUCAAGGACCUGCGCACGGCCGCCAAGGUGGCCCCGCGCGACCCCGACCUGCGCAAGAAGCUGGCCGAGUGCGAGAAGGAGGUGAAGCGGCUGCGCUUCGAGGAGGCGCUGGCGGGGCCGGAUGAGGAGGUAAUGUCAACGCUUGAGAAGUUGGAUCUGGCCAUUUACGACAACAUCGAGGAGUCCUACACCGGGCCGCGCAUGGCAGGCUCUGCGGCUGAGGGCUACACCAUCACGGCCGAGUUCGUUGAGGCCAUGAUUGCCGAGUUCAAGGCGCAGAAGACCAUCCACAAGCGCUUCGCCUUCGAGAUCAUCAAGCAGGCCCACACGCUGUUCAAGUCUCUUCCCUCGAUGGUGGACGUGACCAUUCCUGAUGACAAGCACUUCACGGUGUGCGGCGACGUGCACGGCCAGUUCUACGAUCUGCUGAACAUCUGGGAGCUCAACGGCCGGCCCAGCGCCGACAACCCCUACCUGUUCAACGGCGACUUUGUGGACCGCGGCUCGUUCAGCUGCGAGGUCAUCUUCUCGCUGCUGGCCUACAAGCUGCUGUUCCCGGAGCACAUGCACCUCACGCGCGGCAACCACGAGUCCAAGUCCAUGAACAAGGUGUACGGAUUCGACGGCGAGGUCAAGGCCAAGUACAACGGCACCAUGGUGGACUGCUUCCGCGAGCUGUUCUGCGCGCUGCCGCUGUCCUACUGCCUCAACGGCCGCGUGCUGGUGCUGCACGGCGGCCUGUUCAGCAACGACGGCGUCACACUGGAGGACCUGCGCAAGGUGGACCGCUUCAGGGAGCCGCCCGAGGAGGGCAUCAUGUGCGACGCGCUGUGGGCCGACCCCAGCCCGCUGCCGGGCCGCACCGCCUCCAAGCGCGGCGUGGGGCUGUCGUUCGGGCGCGACGUGACGCGCACCUUCCUGGACGCCAACGGGCUGGACCUGGUGGUGCGCAGCCACGAGGUCAAGGAGGAGGGAUACGAGGUGGAGCACGACGGGCGGCUGAUCACCGUGUUCAGCGCGCCCAACUACUGCGACCAAAUGGGCAACAAGGGAGCCUUCGUCAAGUUCAACGGCAACGACAUGGUGCCGCACUUCACCACCUUCAGCGCGGUGCCGCACCCGGACGUGAAGCCCAUGGCCUACGCCAACUCCUACCUCAUGGGCAUGUAGGCAGGCCGGCGGCGACACGGACAGACACGGGCAGGCAGCGGCGGGGGCUGCGCCGGAGGCGGCGGAGGCGGCCGGUGUUCGGAGGAGCACCGUCUUAGGAGCCGCAGAAGAGAAAGGGAGCUAGAGAGCUGGAGACCCAGAUCUGGGACUGGGGCUGCGGAUGCAGAUGUGGCUUGGGUGCUAGCAGCACUAGGCGUUUGGAGCCGAGGUAUGAGGCGCGGCCGGAACAGUUGCGGCCACACCCACUGCGGCGCCGGGUAGCUGGUGGGUUCGGCGUGUGUGUGAGGCUGUGACGAGGCCGCGUUGCCAGCAGCUGGGGCUAACCAGGGCGUGCAGCCGGGGAUGGCGGGGAGCGGAGCGCAUCGUGCAUGACUGCGGGUCGGGGCAGGAGCGGUUAGUGAUGGCGGGAGCAGCGUGGGGCACUCGCGUGGGGGUACUGGUGGGUACGUGCGUUAGCCAAGCGAACUGACAAGCGCACAGACAGGUGUGUGCUGUGGCGAAAGGUGCUGUCAUACAAGGGUACUGGUGGUGGGUGCCGUGGUACGGGCGAGGCUCGACCCACAUGGCUGCUUUGUCAGCAGCGGCCGUUGCGGCAGCGUCGGCGUUGCGCAGCUGUGGCCAAGCGCCGCGUGUGGGUGCGCAGACAGCAGGCGGCAAGAAGCCUGAGCAGCGGGUGUGUUGGCCGGUGGCGCCAGGCCGGGAGGUGGGGUGGGAUGUCCAUGAGGGUUGCGUGCCCGGAUGAGGUAUCUACGGUACUGAACCACUUGUCGAAGGACGCGCGUAUGGGCGGGGCUCCCGUGUGCGUGUGCCGUGUGUGUAGCUGGGACCAGUGUUCUUGUAUCAUACUGAUGAUCCAGCUCAGCCGGUUAGUGCCGAUGCGGCGGGAUGCUGGUCGAGCCGCGUGGAUGGCACGCGAUCUGCUGCGCGGUUGGGGUCUUUUGACUGAUUGCAGGGGGACAAGUGUGGUAGCUUUGCUCAGCCUGUGGUCGGUGUAGUUCGGCGCGACGCGGGGGGUGGGCGUGUGAAAAAAACAGAGGUGGGCAUUCGGCUUCAUGGUGGGAGCAGGAUGCGCGCGCAGAUGUGCGGGUGUUAGCCUGCGUUCGCGUGACUUUGCGUGUCUCGAUCGAUGAAGUGAACGGCAUUGAUGCACCGCGACAGGGCGCUCAGGCCGCCAGGUCGCAAAGUGGGUUAUGAGGGCGCUGCUGCAUCGGGUGUGUGGAGCGUGCGGGCCGCUGGGGCCCUGCGGACUGGACGUACCGCGUUUGCGUGGGAGCUAAAAUGGUGCUGAAGAGCAUAGUGAUGUAGAGGAGGGCGUGUAUGGAUGAUAGGGGCGAGGACGAGUUUUAAACUCGUGUCCCAGGCAGACGCUGGUUCAGGCAGGAACCUCGGCAGCACAAGAGCGGAUAAAGAGCGGAUAAGGAGGGCAGGCCGUCGUUUGCCCCAUGAUGCAUCCAACCAGCCCGGGCCCAGGUCACCUGCGCCCUCCACCCUCAACUUAA